CCAACUUUCUACAAGGUUUUUGCUGUUAUGUAGGUGUCACUAAUCAAGUAACCAGUGAUUCAUAUUGUUUAUUAUAAGAUUAUUAAACUGUUAUAUAGUUAUGAGUAAUAAGACGCGAUUGGCAUUUAUCUGUCGGCUUUCGUGCUAUAUAGUUAAGUAAAAAAAUCAAACCAAUUAAAAUAAAAGUGUUUUGAGAAAAGAUAAUCUUAUUUCAAUAACACAAAAGUUAUAAACUAACUUAAGCAAUGGAUGCCUUGCCAAUUUUUCAAAAUAUUGCUUGGUGCAAAGAUAAUUGGAGCCUCCCUAGUAUUACAGACCAAAAUAAAAAAUUGAUUCAUCAAUGUACAACUUUAGCAGUAAUUGAACUGACAGAUAAUAUGGAAGAAAUCAUAGAAAAAAGCAAAGCCUUUCCAAUUCCAUUCCCAAUAGAAACUGUUAGGUUGGAAUAUUUAAAAACUCUUAGACCAAUUAAAAGACUGCAAAGGAAUAUUACAUCCACAUAUCCACUCAUACAUGAAAGAGUUCUGAUUCUGUUGGCAAAGUUUUUGAAUUAUAAACGAGAAUUUGGUUCUGAUAUUGAAAAGGCUUUGUACAAUGACAUGACGGUACCAGAACUCAUAGACAGGAUAUUAAAGAAAAGGGCUCUAUGUUUUGUCGGACCACAUGAUAAAUAUAGACUUCUUAAUGGUGAAAAAGGUACAGGCGGCUGGGAAGAAAUCGGUACAUCAAAGGAAAAACCGCCACUUAUACUGGAAAACUGUUUGAGUUAUGAUGAAAUGAAAAUAUCCUCGAUGGUGUAUGUAAGCGGUUAUACCGAAUGCAUCAAUAAUGGUACCAGAUGCAAUAACGGUGUUGUCAGUAAUGAUGCUGAAGAGGAAGCUAUAAUAAUUGGUUUGAUUGGUCCGCGCUUCGUUCGCCGCGGUAAGAUGGACUAUGAGGAUAUUCUCAUAACUAAAGAACAGAAUUGUCCAGAGAAUGGGUACGGAGAAAGAGAAGCGAGAAAUGAUUCCAAAAUGUUGAAAGCAGACCCGACUACACAAUCAAUACAGUCCAAGCAGGCUUUGAGAGAGAUGUGGGCUGAAUUCUAUGGAACAGACACGCUUGUAUACAGCGAGAGUUUCUUCAAAGAUGUCAAAAAUAAAACCGAUCAAAGCACAGCCAGAUAUCAACAUGUUAUAAAGGGAAAGAAAAUUAAUUGUAUAUUUGACAAUGAAGUUUAUUACAAGAGGAUAGUCGUUCUAGCCGAAGCGACUCUCAUAGAGGCCGAGGCUAGGGCUAAGGGGAGCGGGAAAAAUGCAUUUGUGAAUGUCAUCGGAUGUGGGCUCGGUAUAUGGAUGAUAUCAAAACAUCAAACGGAUGCCUACAUUGUCACGUUCUUGGAGAGAAUGACUGCCUUUCUUAAGAAAGACAUGUUGAAUCAUGUCACUGAUGUCAACUUUGGUUAUAUUAAAUGUGGUCCCGACACUGAAGCUAUAUUUAAAGAUAGACGCGAGAAAGGUGUGAAAAAAUUGUUUCUCAAAAGUGAAACGCAUCCAAAAGGUGGUAUAUCCGUGCAGCUUGAGAACCGCGAGCCGUCGUCCCGGCUGGUCGGUGAGCACGCCGGCAAGCUGCUCGUACUCACGUACCCGUGGGACAGCAACGCGCACCCUGGAAACGAGUUCUGGUACGGUAAGCUGCACACGUCGGGUGACCCUGCGGCUGCGUGCUCCACGCAAGUGUCGGAGCUGCAUAACGCACAUGUCAACCCCGCCGUCAGCGCGGCGAACGCGCGCGUAGCGGGCGGCUGCCGCCUCAAGACGCUCUCCGACUACUGUCUCGCUCUCACUGCCUAGCUCAGAGCAAGACGAACAUACAAUAAUUAUGUAGACCAACCUUUAUGCUAUAUCGUUCACAAUGAGAAAGUACACAACUUGGGAUAGUGUCAUGUCACUCUAAAAACAUGGUAUUUAGUGGAAUAGAUAUAUAGUUUAUAUGUAGUUAAGUCGAAGAUAUAUAUAUAAAUAUAAAUAAAUAAAAUUCAAAAGAGUGAUGUAAACACGUCACGUCCGUCCUACUCCGAGGUUACACAGAAUCGUUCACUCGAUUUUAUCGAUUCUGCUGAUGGAACUUUCUCUAUCCAACUUAAAACGACUUUAUUUACAAAAAUUAUACAUUAGAUCAAAGAUCAGAUGGUGAUAUUUUAAUGUUUUUUAUUUAAAUAUUUUAUUUUAUAAAAUAUAAUAAAAAUACUAAUCACGAGUUAUUGUAAAUUUAUAUUUAAAAAAUAUAACAAUUUUUUUAUAUUUGGUAUUUUGGGCAGUUAACUAAAUUUAAAAAAAAUCAUACUUGAAAAUGAUUACUAUUUGUAAUUUUUUAAUUUAUUCUGGCGACUUUUCUAUCUUCUUGAUAAGAAAAUUAUUUUUAGAAAUGUAUAGGUAUAUUAUAUACUUGCAUUUAUUUUAAACAGUGUAUUAUAUCAAAUAAAAUAAUUUCGUCGUUGAAUUUACAUGACGUUUGACAAGACGAUUACACGUACUUAAUGAGUUGUUUAUUUUUGAUAAAUAAAUUAUUCAGUAACUAAAGUGAUACUUUUUUUUUUUAAUUACUUUAUUUAUCAUGUUUAAGGUCAUAAAAUAUUUUCGACGACAAUGCAACAAUGACAUUCAAAAUCAGUGAAUGUCCUCACUGGUCUAGUGGUCUUCGAUAUAGAGAUUCGAGGUCAGGGUUCAAACCCCAGAUCGGGCUAAUGACUUGUUAUAAUUUUUUUCCGUCGAAGAAUAUCAGUAUCAGCCCAUGAAAGUCAAAAGUGUGUACAGCACGUAAAAUAGUAGUCCGUAGCAAGUUUUUUUACAUUAUUUUUUUACAUAUCAUACUAUAUUUGAUAUUUAUUAAUUUACUAUAAUAACAAUAUGUUGUAUUUAUAUACUUGUAUUGUAUACGUGAUAAUAAAGAGUAUUCAUAUAAA